UCGAGCUUCAUAAAGGCACCUCGGGUCAGCGCCCGGCCUCGUAGGUUACUGCUGGUCCACUCAUCGCUCCCCACCAUGAUCCCGUACCUGCUCGUCUCCGCUCUUCUUUUCGGUGCUGUGGAGUCACAAACAGCCAACGUGACGGAGGAAGAGUUGAGGAGAAUUGAAGGGAACCAAACCUUCAGCGAGUCCACCACUAACAACAGUACAAUGAAAACCGGAAAUGUGACAUUCAGUUUGCACGAAGAUGACAAGAGUCACAUUGAGGAUGAACUACAAAACAACCAGACAUCUACUGUUAUCACAGAGGAUGAUGAGAAUUUCCAGGAUCAAGAUAUUCUGUUGCCGGCCGGACACUGUCAUCAGGGCCUGCUGGUGCAGCACAUUAACAUCAUUUGUGGUGCAGCUUUUGAAACAGAAAUGCUCUCUAUCAGCACGGAAAAGUGGUGUGUCCUGAAAGAUAUCAUCAGACCGUACAACGACAUGACCUUAUGCUUGGAGAAGCUGUCUAAAUUCUUCAGCUGCUAUUACCCGAACACCAACAUUCAGGACUUCUUCCUCCACAUCCACUCUCACUACUUCCACAACUGCUCCAGGAAGGAGCCUCUGCUCGUGGAUGCACCUCACGGGCUGGUGAUCGCCCUCACGCUCGUCCCUGUGAGCCUCAUCCCCGUACUGGUUUAUCUGGUGGUUUGGAAAAGUAAAGGGCAAGCCUGAGUUAGACCUCCACCACCUCCACGAUAACCCUCAACUCACAUCACACGUUAUAUCUGAGAACGAGCUGCAGAAGCUCCGCUGGUCUGUGAAGGCUCCCGUCAGGCUUUUCUUUUCGGAGCUGCUUUGUGGUGUUGAAACAGCCUUUCAUGUCGAAGCAUUAAGAUUUCCCUUCAGUGGAUUUAAAGGAUGUGAACACCCUCAAACACUAAAAAUCACACCUUUAACAAAUCACCUCACAGACACACCUGUAAAUGUAAGUGUGUGAUAAUUAUUAUUUUAAAUAUGUGUGUGUGUUGAUUUCACAAAAUGCAGCAUGUGACUCUGAGGCAGGAUGUUUAUCAGUCUGAUACUUUAGGAGAGGAGUUUGUGCUGAAAAUGUUUUUUCUGUAUUAAUUAUCUUUAAAAAUAACCCUUAAAGGGAAACAUUUGGGAUUUAAUACGUAACCUGACACAUCUGAAUCCUGUGAUACUCCAGAUGUUGAGAUUCUGCAAAUCCAGCCGCCUCUCAAGUAAAAUUAAAUAAUCAUUAUUAUUAUUAUUAUGAUUUUAGAUGUUCUUGUGUUUUUCCCCUAUUUUGGUGAAAUCUCUUUAUGAGCACUUCCAGGUUUUUUUUAAUCUAAACAGAACAAUCCUCUUUUUUAUCUCUUCAUGCAUUAUGAUUUCUGUGUGUUUUAUUAUUAUUUGUGAAAAUAAACUAAAAUGAAAAUGAACUAAACUAGACUGCUCAAACACAAACAAGAGGUAAAGCAACGUGAAACAAUGUGAAAUUUCUCGGAAAGGAUGGCUGCGGUUCCUGCACUGUGAGUGUGUGUGAUGAAACAUUUUUCAGUCCUCUCACCUUCAAAUGGCUGUUCGGGCGUUAAGGCUCGGUGUCAGUGUUAAGGUUAGAGGUCGGAGAGCUCAUCAUGUCAGAGAGAGUCCUCACAAGUCUGUGAAUUCAUGCUGAUCUGCUGUGAUAAAAGCUCUGUGAUGUUGUUGGUUCGUGAUGGGCUGUAAAGGAUGCUGCAGAUAAGAAGAAUCAUUAGCACAGAGUCUCACUGACACCAUCUCUGCUCCUCCUCUGUAUGCACUGCAAUGAGUCGUGAACACACACACACACACACACACACACACACACACACCUCCACCACCCGAUGCCACACACUCCAUCAGCCCUUCAGUUUCCAGUCAACCAAACAUGAUCUCGUUGUCCUGAAUCUAGCUUGGAAGUUAACGCGCUGAUGCACAGCUGAUCAUCAGUAGAUUAUAAGUACCAGAUAAAGACAAAAAAUAAGGAGAACCUACACAUAAAAAAAUAAUAUGUCGUUGCCCUCUGACACACUGAGAACAGGCAGUCUGCAGCUCUUAUACAUUUACCUCGAUGUGCUCCACAGACAGCCGCAGGCUGUUAAAACAAUGAUGUGAUCUGCAUUUCCUUUCUCACACGUAUCGGUGGCAACGUGUUUGUUUGAGCAGAUCUCUGCAGCUUCUCAGACAGACCAUUGUCUCUCUUAUCUUGCAGCCUCUGUCGUCACUGGAUAUCCUGCUGGCGGCAGCAUGUUUGGCCUUUUGCCGCUUCACAAAAUCAAAUAAUCUGAUAAUGAAUAAUGAUGCUGUGGCUUGGUGUUUUUGAGGCAGCUGAAGAAGUUAAGCAUCUUUGAUGAAGUUAUUUGUAUGGUUUUUUUCAGUUGUUUACUUGCAGGACGUCAUUUAAUAAACAUCUAAAGGUU